CAUCACCUCCACCACCAUUUCACUUUUUACUGUCUACCGCUGACUACGCCUGAUCCUCAUUCCACAUUACUUCUUCUAUUCGAACAUCAAGACCAUCAUAUCGAUUCCUCUCACCAUGGGUAUCAUCGGUCAUUAAGACGCGGAGGCAUAUACCUUCGCACGUCAGGGCGAACCAUCUCCCAGUAUCUACAACCACUCUCGCCAAAAUGCCGCCCAUAAAGUCUUGUAUGCUCCAGGCUUACGAACCGUUUACUGAAAUUCGGUCAUUUAUCGAACGAACAUCUACGAAUCCCGCCGAUCCAUAUCCUUAAUCCUAUCGACAUUUCUUCGAACGAAUCGCGAAUCCUGAAAGACAUUUGUAACAUAGCACAGAUGGCCUCCAUUUUCACAUUUGAUCCCGACCCGCCACGGGUCUCGUCUCCAUGGGCGACGCCUCCUCCAGGCGUACGGUCCCACCUUCCAGUCAUCCACGAUCCUACAAUAUCUACCGGAACACCGCAAAGAAGUACACCAGUGUCCGGUGCUUUGGAUGUAGUGGGCAUUGACAGAUUGGAGCCAGAGCCCCAAGAAGGCCCGACAGAGUAUAAAUUACAUCUACUCCUAAGAAAGAGGAGAUCUUUCAUACGUACAUCGACAGGUCGACAGGUCUCCGGUUCCCUCCGACGUACAGAUAUUACUGGUGCCUCUUCUUCCAGCCGUUCCAACAUUGAAAACAUAGGACCCAUGCCUCAGGCCUCCACUUCUGAAUCACGACAGCACCGUCUUGAACAAUUGACUACUCAGCUCCGGUGGAGAUUGAAGCAGUCAUGCUCGGUUCAUAUUCCCUCGAAUACCAACCAUGUACUACCUCAUUUCUUCGAUGCAGCAAACCCAAACUCACAGACCCUUCUUCAGCGGCUCCCGCCUGAUCUUGAAGAUACUAAAGGUGCUCUGUAUGAAAUAGGUGUAGCCGACGAUGGUACAUUUGUAGGCUUGGCCGAAGACGAGAUGGCGGAGAGUCUUAACACUCUCCGCGCAAUGGCGUCUAGUCUUGGGUGCAAUGUGACUGUGCAGAGGAUGGUUGAGGUAGGCGAUUGCGAAUGGGUGGAAGAUGCCUAUCCUCAAGACUCCGUGCCAAUGCAAGUCAAGCGUGGAAAGUUAUGGGUGGCCGAAGCGCUCGUUCGCCCGGGUCAACCGUCCAAUGGAACAGAACAUGCUCCACCGAACCGCCCUACUGAACAAUUACGUGUAUCACUCACAGGUUCCACGGGCUCUGGUAAAUCCAGUUUGCUGGGUAGUUUAACCACAGGCACAUUAGACAAUGGCCGAGGAAGCAGCCGGCUAAGCCUUUUGCGACAUAGACAUGAGAUUGCAUCUGGGAUGACGAGUUCCAUCACUCAAGAACUGGUAGGUUACUACGAUGCGUUUGAACCAGAUGGAACAAGUGCAGGUUCCCAUAUUGUCAACUACGGCUCAGGGGAUGUUUCUUCAUGGGUCGAAAUUCACGCAAAGGCUAAUGGUGGGCGACUGGUCUUCCUUUCUGAUUCUGCCGGGCAUCCGCGCUUUCAUCGGACUACUGUCCGUGGUGUCGUUGGCUGGGAUCCGCAUUGGACGUUAGUAUGCAUCCCUGCAGACAAUCCAGAAGACUCCAUAGGAAGAGUUGGUACGCCACCUCUUUCUCAAGAUUCACCUAGUACAGCGACAGGGGAUGUGGAUCUUUCGCAUACUCACUUACAACUCUGCCUGAAUUUACAACUGCCUUUGGUUCUACUCAUCACAAAAUACGAUCUUGCCACCAAGGGCGGGCUUAAGCAAAUGUUAUCCAAGGCACUAUCAGCCAUCAAGGCUGCUGGAAGAACGCCUUGUAUCAUUCGCAAACCUUCUACCAUAUCCUCGGGAAGAGAUCUAAAUACCAUCACCGCGAGCGAUUUCCAGGAAGUCAGCGAGCUUGCUAACCAGCUGAAGUUGGCACCCGUUGGAAUAGUCCCUAUUCUGCUGACGAGCUCUGUGAACGGCACAGGUAUCAAUACACUACAUGCCUUUCUACGAGAUCUCCCGUUGCCUGACGAUCUCGGGAACCGCCCUGGUGUGACAGACACGCUUUUCCACAUCGAAGACGUCUAUGGUAAUCAGCUCGCAAACUCUAGGCAUGCUUCGAGUACGUCUGCGUCUUCAGAACAAUCCGUUAUAAUAGGUGGACACCUCCGUCACGGCACACUGAGGAUUGAUGAUGAGCUCCUCCUUGGCCCUUACCCAUUCGAUUCAAGCCCCGACGAUAGUGAUGGUGGAAGCGCUCGAGGGACCACUCCUCCUACACGCUCUAAUAAGGUCUCUCCUAUCCCAACAUCCCGUUCCUUUCCAGGGGCACUCAAUAGAGGGGCAUUACGCUCUGGUUCAUAUCAUAAUGAUCGACGCUCAGAGUGGCGGCGCGUACGUGUCACCUCCUUGCGAAACCUGCGAUUGCCCGUACAGAGUUUGCAAGCAGGUCAGGUCGGGACCAUAGGAAUAGCACCCAUCGAUAUGGCUAUUGUAAGCCCGGCAAUUGUGAGGAUCCGAAAAGGCAUGGUACUAUCAAAGGGCGAGCCAAAAGGCUCCAAAGUGAUCGAGGUAAUUUUUUCAGGGGAUGAUGCAAGAGCAGUCGGAACACUGAGCGUGGGCUCUGCUGUGGUAAUUUACGUGGCUAGUGUGAGGGCAUCUGCAAAAGUUAUAUCUGUUGCGGCUGACACGAGAUAUAACAUGAGUACGUCCGUGACCGAGCUAGAAGAUGAUGAAAUCGACGCUUUUGGUUUUGGUUUCGGCGGUGAAGACGAGGACAAUGAUGGAAAGUCUGAAAGGAAACCCGCAUCAGCGGCCGCUACGGUCACGUUCCAAUUCAUCGCUUCAAAGGAGUUUGUCGAAGAUGAAGCGAAGGUCCUAGUUCUACCUGGUGGUGGUCCUGGAUUGUUCGGAAGCACAGAACGAGGAGAGAAGGGUAUCGCCGCCCUGGAAGGAUUCGUGGGCCGCGUCAUUGAAAUGUAUUAGAUAUUUCAGUACAUUGCACCCGUUUCACAUUGGGUGUACACGACACACUUUCUUGUCGUACUAUGAUUGAAUAUAGUCGAGUAGGUUGACAAAGUGCAUGGCAUAUAAUACAGAAAUAGAUCAGAACUAGAGGUUUUGUCGUACAUAUUGCUCAGGAUUACACAUAAUGAGA